AUGGCUGAGGUUGAUCCAGCUUUCAUUCAAGCUCAAGAGCAUAGGCCAAAACCUGGGAUCAUCAAAGCAGAAGGCAUACCCUUCAUUGAUCUUUCCGUAAUCAGUUCUCCUAACACCAACUCAAACGAUCCUCGUGUACUUGAUAGUCUUGUUGAGGAAAUAGGCAAUGCAUGCAAAAGUUGGGGUUUUUUUCAAGUGAUCAAUCACGGGGUGCCACUGGCUAAGCGACAAAACAUUGAGAAAGCAUCAAGAGAAUUUUUUGGUCAGCCUGUAGAGGAGAAAAAUAAGGUUAGGAGAAAUAAGGAGAAAGUGUUGGGUUAUCUCGACACUGAGCAUACCAAGAAUGUCAGGGACUGGAAAGAAGUGUUUGAUUUCACUGUCCAAGAUCCAACUAUUGUUCCCGCUUCAUACAAGCCUGGUGAUAAGGAACUAACCAAGUGGUUUAAUCAGUGGCCUGAAUAUCCUCCUAAACUAAGAGAGAUCUGUGAAGAGUAUGCUAAAGAAAUGGAAAAAGUAGCUUUCAAAUUGAUGGAGCUAAUAGCCCUGAGUCUAGGCUUGCCAGAAAAUAGGUUCCUUGAAUUCUUCGAAGAACAAACCAGCGUCAUUAGACUCAACCACUAUCCAUCCUGCCCAAUUUCCCAUCUUGCUCUGGGCGUUGGUCGACACAAGGAUGACACUGCCUUGACCAUCCUUGCUCAAGAUGAUGUUGGAGGGUUGGAAGUGAGGAGGAAAACAGAUGGAGAGUGGCUUAGGGUCAAGCCACUCCCAAAUGCCUACAUCAUCAAUGUUGGUGACAUUGUUCAGGUAUGGAGCAAUGACAUUUAUGAGAGUGUGGAGCAUAGGGCGAUGGUGAAUUCAGCAAGGGAAAGAUUUUCCAUUCCUUAUUUCCUUAGCCCGGCACACUACACUAAUGUUCAGCCUCUGAAGGAGCUGAUAAAUGAGCAAAAGCCUGCCAAAUACAAACCAUUCAACUGGGGGAAAUUUUCUGUCACAAGAAAACGUAGUGAUUUCCAGAAGCUUGAUGUUGACAACAUCCAAAUUUAUCACUUCAAGAUACCCGAAUCAGAGUUGGCAGAAAAAUUGGAUGGAGCAUUGUCCAUUAGCAAGUAA